GUCCCGGGGCCUCCGGAGCCACUGCGCCGCUCUGCAGACCCUCGCCCGCCGCCGCCGCCAAAAUGUCUACAGGUGCGCCUGCAGGUUCAAGCGCUGCCUCUGGCAGUAGUCGAAGACUUCAGCAGACGCAAAAUCAAGUGGAUGAGGUGGUGGACAUCAUGAGAGUCAAUGUGGAUAAGGUACUGGAAAGAGAUCAGAAGCUCUCUGAGUUAGAUGACCAUGCAGACGCACUGCAGGCAGGAGCUUCCCAAUUUGAAACAAGUGCUGCCAAAUUGAAGAGAAAAUAUUGGUGGAAGAAUUGCAAGAUGUGGGCCAUAGGGAUCAGUGUCAUGGUCAUCAUCAUCAUCAUCAUCGUCGUGUGGAGUCUUUCUUAAUGAACAACCAGUGGAACUCCAGCCUGCUGUUCAAGAAACCUCUUCAAGACUUUGACUUAGAACCUGCUACAUUAUCAAGCUUACCUACUGUUAUAUCUAAAAUGAUUCUUUUCUGUUAGUUAAUGUCAAGUUUGAUUUCUAGUAAAUGUGCCUUUGUUUUUUAAUAUGCACUCCAAACCAGAAGUGUAGUCAGCCCAGCUCGCAUUUUGCACAGUGCCUUUACAAAUUUAUAUAGGGGCUGAUGAAGAGGACUUCUUAAGUUCCAGAGUGUUAUAACCUAGCGGUAACGUUGUCUGAUUAAUUGCCAUUAAUUCCAGUGAAGGGAAUUUGUUCCGCAUUAGCUGUCCUUGUCAAUAUGACAUUAUCUUCAGAACCAUAGUUUAAACCUUUCAGAUUUCCAAUUUGUGCCUUCCAGAAAGAACACUACUGCCUAACACAAAUCUGUGGCAAUAUCAGGCUGUGCCUUAUUUUGCUAUUUUUCUGAUUCCCUGUAAGAGAAACCUAUAUUGUUUAUAAGCACUACUGACUCUUUCGCUGUAUUUAAAAUAAGAUGUUGGUAAAGAGUUUUUGCUCUUACAUUAGAUAUGAAGAUGUUUACUUUCUUGUUGUUGUUAUAUAUCACUUGCUAAAAAUAUUAUUUUAAUCAGAAAUAAUAACCUCUUUAAAACAUUUUUAUAGAACUAUGGCUGUGACCAAAGUUUCUAUUUUGCCAAAAAGUUAAAUGCCGGUAAAAUGUCCUUAAGUUUGUUCCUG